UUGUCUGAAAGGAGGAGGAACUGGCUUUGGGGAGGAGGGCUCUAGCGAGGCCUGAAAGGCUGCGCAGCCAGGCAAGGGAAGGUGUUGGGGAUUUGGGGUUCGGGGUUGGAGGGCAGGCAGGGAGAGCGUCAGAUAUGUUGCUGGGGUGAUCGUCUAGGGACAGAGGCAGGCGCUGGCUAGACCCAGCCGGGAAGCCUUGUCUUCGUGGGGCCUAAUUUCCAGUAGCCGGGUAGGCCUCACCAGAGGCAAGAUCUUUUCCGUGCGGCAGCCCCGGGUUCCUAUCCCCAUUCUCUGGCUGGGAGAUGGCUUCCCCGAGCCCCUCGCCGGAGCCAAAGGGGUUGCUGACAUUUGAGGAUGUGGCUGUGUUUUUUACCCAGGAGGAGUGGGAUUAUCUGGAUCCAGCUCAGAGAAGCCUGUAUAAAGAUGUCAUGAUGGAGAAUUAUGGAAACCUGGUCGCGCUGGAUGUUUUGAACAGAGAUAAGGAUGAGGAGCCAACUGUGAAACAAGAAAUUGAAGAAAUUGAGCAAGAAGUGGAGCCACAAGGUGUAAUAGUUACAAGAAUAAAAAGUGAAAUUGACCAGGAUCCCAUGGGUAGAGAAACAUUUGAACUUGUUGGUAGAUUGGAUAAACAAAGAGGGAUCUUCUUAUGGGAAAUACCAAGGGAAUCUUUGACCCAAGAACAGAGAAUGUUCAGAGGAAACACUAACAUCCGUAGGAGACCAAACUCAGAAGAGAAGUGCCACAAAUGUGAAGAAUGUGGAAAGGGUUUUGUCCGCAAAGCCCAUUUUAUUCAACAUCAAAGAGUCCAUACUGGUGAGAAACCUUUUCAGUGCAAUGAAUGUGGGAAAAGUUUUAGUCGCAGUUCAUUUGUUAUUGAACAUCAGAGAAUUCACACUGGAGAAAGGCCCUAUGAGUGUAACUACUGCGGAAAAACUUUCAGUGUGAGCUCAACCCUCAUUAGACAUCAGAGAAUCCACACUGGAGAAAGACCUUAUCAGUGUAAUCAGUGUAAACAGAGCUUCAGCCAGAGAAGGAGCCUUGUUAAACAUCAAAGAAUUCAUACAGGUGAGAAACCCCAUAAAUGUAGUGACUGUGGGAAAGCCUUCAGUUGGAAGUCACACCUUAUUGAGCAUCAGAGAACUCACACUGGUGAGAAACCCUAUCACUGUACCAAAUGUAAAAAAAGCUUUAGUCGAAAUUCAUUGCUUGUUGAGCAUCAAAGAAUUCACACUGGGGAAAGACCUCACAAAUGUGGUGAAUGUGGGAAAGCCUUUAGAUUAAGUACAUACCUUAUACAACACCAAAAAAUCCACACUGGUGAGAAGCCUUUCCUUUGUAUUGAAUGUGGAAAAAGCUUCAGCCGCAGCUCAUUCCUUAUCGAACAUCAGAGGAUCCACACUGGUGAAAGACCUUAUCAGUGCAAAGAGUGUGGGAAAAGUUUCAGCCAGCUUUGCAACCUUACUCGUCAUCAGAGAAUUCACACAGGAGACAAACCCCAUAAAUGUGAGGAGUGUGGAAAAGCCUUUAGUAGAAGCUCAGGUCUCAUUCAGCAUCAGAGAAUUCACACCAGGGAGAAGACUUACCCAUACAAUGAAACUAAGGACAGUUUUGAUCCAAAUUGUAGUCUUGUUAUACAGCAGGAGGUGUACCCUAAGGAAAAAUCUUAUAAAUGUGAUGAAUGUGGGAAAACUUUCAGUGUUAGUGCUCAUCUUGUACAACAUCAAAGAAUCCACACUGGUGAAAAGCCUUACUUAUGUACUGUUUGUGGAAAAAGCUUUAGUCGGAGCUCAUUUCUUAUUGAACAUCAGAGAAUCCACACUGGUGAGAGACCCUAUCUGUGCAGACAGUGUGGCAAAAGCUUCAGUCAGCUAUGUAAUCUAAUACGACAUCAGGGUGUUCACACAGGCAAUAAGCCCCAUAAAUGUGAUGAAUGUGGGAAGGCCUUUAGCCGGAACUCGGGUCUUAUUCAGCAUCAGAGAAUACAUACAGGAGAGAAACCUUAUAAGUGUGAGAAGUGCGACAAAAGUUUCAGUCAACAGCGUAGUCUUGUCAACCAUCAGAAGAUCCAUGCAGAGGUGAAAACCCAAGAAGCCCACGAAUGUGAUGCUUGUGGUGAAGCCUUCAAUUGCCGCAUUUCUCUCAUUCAACAUCAGAAAUUGCACACUGCAUGGAUGCAGUAAAUAGAGAAAUAUGUAAGCUCAAAUAUUUUAUUUGAGACUACCCAAGUGCAGUUUUAAUAUGGCUCAUCAUGGGUCAUAUUUAGUGAUAAAGUAGAUUCUUCUUGGCCUCAGGCAAAUGAUUUCUAAAGAUUGUGAAUAGUGGACAAUUGCCUAUGGGCAGUUGAAUUCCACUUCUUUUUGUUUUGAUGAUCAGAGACUUGGUAAUAUAUCUAAGCAUCUUUAACAAAUCUUUCAGCAGAGAAGUUAAAGAGCACAUUGGAGGUGCUCUAAAGGACAGAGUUGAACUAGCUGAUGUUAGAAAACCAAGAAUAAUGAUUACAAGAAGUCUUCUGGCCCCAGCUCAUUGUUCUUUUGGUUCUAUAAUACGUUUGGCUGUGCAUGCCAAAGUCCAGUGAUUAAACAUAUAUUGUUAAGGAAACAAAGCCCCAAUGUUCUGAAACCAAUACAUGAACUUUUUGUCAUUGUUUAAGGAAGUUAGUUAUUUGACAUGUGAGUUAAAAGCAGUUCCAAUGCCUGGUGGAUCCCAGAUCAAUGAAAUGAGUGAACCAUCAAAGAUCAUGUGAAUAAUUAGCAAACUUAGCAAAAGUGUUACCAAGGAACCUUUGGGAGUGCCUUUAUAUUUUCCCCUCCAAAAGUGGACAAAGGUAUUUUUCUUUUGUGUCUUCCCACCUAUGAAAGAUACUUGUAAUUCUCUAUGAAUAAGCUUAUCCCUCCACAACCAGGAGCAUGUGAAGUGUACAUAUUUUUAUUACCAAGAAUUAGAAAUAAAAAAGACCUGGGUCUGUGCUAGGAAGCUGAGAUAUUUUGGUAUUGCCUUGGUUUUUAUGGUAACCAGAUUUUGCAUGCAAUUUUUAAAUCCUUAUUUUUGGAUCUAGGGUUUCCCUUAGUUAAUGAUUCUUAUAAACCUAUUAAUUCAUCUGUUUUGAUCAUUAAAACCUGUUGUUUUGUUGCUUUG